CAUGUGAAAAACUUCAGUCACGUCCUAUGUCUUUCGCAUAAAUGUCACCUCUAGGGUCGAGGUGAAAAAGUAAAUUAUAAUAAAAUCACCAAAAAUUCGAAUAAUAACAAUUUUGUAACAAACUCCGCUCUUCUUGUUAAUACCUUCUCCAAAAGCAACAAUGCAGUGUUCAGUUUUUAAAGUAUUAUCGUCCACAAUAAAGCCAACCUUGAGGCACAACCAAAGAAUAAUAGGAACCAUACAAAGUCGUUUAUAUUCAAGCGAUGGAGAUGCUGAUAUUGUUGUGAUUGGUUCAGGACCAGGAGGUUAUGUAGCUGCUAUCAAAGCUGCCCAACUGGGCAUGAAGACGGUUUGUAUAGAGAAAAAUCCAACAUUGGGAGGUACAUGUCUUAAUGUCGGCUGUAUACCAUCUAAGUCUCUAUUAAACAAUUCACAUUUCUAUCACAUGGCCCAUUCCGGUGACCUUUCUGAGAGAGGCGUUGAAACCAGCGGAGUUAACUUAAAUUUAGACAAAUUGAUGGGUCAAAAAUCCAAAGCUGUCACAAGUUUGACGGGAGGUAUCGCCCAAUUGUUCAAGAAAAACAAAGUGACGCUUAUCAAAGGACACGGUAAAAUUACCGGACCGAAUCAAGUGACGGCUGCGAAGGAAGACGGUUCCACCGAAGUAGUCAAUACGAAAAAUAUCCUUAUCGCUACAGGCUCGGAAGUUACACCUUUUCCUGGAAUUGAGACUGACGAAGAAACCAUUGUUACUUCUACCGGAGCAUUAUCACUCAGUAAAGUUCCACAAAGGCUUAUAGUCAUCGGUGCUGGUGUCAUCGGUUUGGAAUUGGGUUCAGUUUGGUCCCGUUUGGGAUCCGAAGUAACCGCCAUAGAAUUCUUGCCAAGCAUCGGCGGUGCCGGUAUCGACGCGGAGGUAGCAAAAUCGCUCCAAAAGAUUCUUUCGAAGCAAGGUCUCAAGUUCAAGUUGGGAACCAAAGUGACAGGAGCUUCGAGAGAAGGAGGUGUGAUUAAAGUUAAUAUCGAAGACGGAAAAGAUUCGAGUAAAACAGAAGUGCUCGACUGUGAUGUACUGUUGGUGUGUGUCGGAAGGAGACCUUACACUGAUGGAUUAGGUUUAGAAGAAAUGGGAAUUGCCAAAGACCAGAAAGGAAGAAUCCCGGUAAACUCGCACUUCCAGACUGUUAUUCCAAGUAUCUAUGCCAUUGGUGAUUGCAUACACGGCCCUAUGUUGGCACACAAGGCUGAAGAUGAAGGUGUCGCCUGCGUCGAGGGUUUACAGGGCGGUCCAGUACAUAUCGACUACAAUUGCGUGCCAUCUGUAAUCUACACUCAUCCAGAAGUCGGUUGGGUUGGAAAGACGGAAGAAGAUCUUAAAAACGAAGGUAUUGCAUACAAAGUAGGAAAAUUCCCGUUCAUGGCUAAUUCCAGAGCAAAAACAAAUAACGACACGGAUGGAUUCGUUAAGGUACUAGCUGACAAAGCUACCGAUAGGGUUCUAGGAACACACAUCAUCGGCCCCGGAGCUGGAGAACUUAUCAAUGAAGCGGUACUUGGUCAAGAAUACGGAGCAUCGAGUGAAGAUAUCGCCAGAGUGUGCCACGCUCACCCUACCUGCUCUGAGGCUUUGAGGGAGGCUAAUUUAGCGGCUUACUGCGGAAAACCUAUCAAUUUCUAAUAAUUCUUAAAUGCAAUAUCAUCUCAUCACACCUUUUUUUAAUUUUAACUUUAUGUACAUACCUCUUUUGUUAAGCUUCAUAAAUCUUAACUCUAAAAUCAUGUGAAAUGUUAAAAUAUAGGUUAUUUAUUUGUAUAUUG